UUAACGCUCCGUUUAACCUACUAACCACAUUGCCCAUUAACCUUGUUUACCGAAUUAAUCUGCCUCCACGAAUUUUGCAAAAACUGUUUUCUUUUCCAAUUCUCUUGUUCCGCUUCUCAGUGUCAACCCCAGUGAGUGUGAGAAGCAUAUUGAAAGAAAGCGAAGGAAAAGCAGCAGAAAAUACGCCAUGAACGGACGAGAACGGGGGAGUUCUCGCUGACUCUCUCUUUAUUGACUCCGAAAAGUCAGACGAUUCGGUCACCGAAAUUCGCUUUCAGUUCGGUUACAUUGUUGGUUAAUGAGUUCAAAGCACAGUAGAUAUUGAAGUAGAAUCUGAUUAAUGCGUUGGAUCUAUGAGGAGUCGUCCUUGAGGUUUGGGAAUUGAAGCAUUUGCUGUUGCAGAACUACAGCAACAAAAUGGCGUGAACGCGGUUGUGAAGAUCGAUUAUCAGAUCAUUUUUUAAAAUUGGAAGAUUUGGUUUAUUGCGGAAGUGAAUUGAGAACUAUGGAAUCUCGAAUGGAUCAGUACGAAAUGAUGGAGCAGAUCGGUCGCGGCGCCUUUGGUGCCGCCAUUCUCGUCCAUCAUAAAGCCGAGAAGAAAAAGUAUGUAUUGAAGAAGAUUAGGCUGGCUCGGCAAACCGAACGAUGCAGGAGAUCUGCUCAUCAAGAGAUGGCUCUGAUUGCUCGAAUUCAACAUCCGUAUAUUGUCGAAUUUAAGGAAGCAUGGGUUGAGAAGGGCUGCUAUGUUUGCAUUGUCACUGGAUACUGUGAAGGCGGAGACAUGGCUGAGUUAAUGAAGAAAUCAAAUGGAGUGUAUUUUCCAGAGGAGAAACUUUGCAAGUGGUUUACACAACUACUAUUGGCUGUUGAAUAUUUGCAUUCAAAUUUUGUUCUGCAUCGUGACCUAAAAUGUUCCAAUAUAUUUCUUACCAAAGAUCAGGAUGUUCGUCUUGGGGAUUUCGGACUUGCUAAAACUCUGAAAGCUGAUGACUUGGCUUCCUCGGGUGCUGUAUGUACGAGAUGGCAGCUUAUCGUCCUGCUUUUAAAGCUUUUAAAAAAGCUUAUCAAAGGUAUGCUGAGAAAAAAUCCUGAGCAUCGGCCAAGUGCAUCCGAGCUUUUGAAGCACCCUUAUUUGCAAACUUAUGUUGAUCAAUACCGCCUAUCCUUCAGUCCUCCAGCUGCUUGUUCCCCGGAAAAGCCUAUAUCUGAUCCUCGUAAUUCUAGGAGAAAUUUGGCGGAAAGUCAGAACAGUAGUAGUUCUUGUAGUGAUAAAGAUAGUUUGCUUUCAACCGAUAGAAACCUCCAUGCAAUGAUGUCAAGUAGUGAAAAUAAAGGUACUGACACAGAUUUAGCUUCUGUUGAUGGUGAAGAUGACUCGCAGCAUUCUCUUUCGAGCAAAGGAACUGCCUCCAAACGUUGCACUGCCCAAAUGGAUGAAAAAGGCGUGACAAAACCUUCUCAUGAUGGACAAGGAUCCAAUUUUGAAUCAAGGCAACCAAAGCUUAUCAAAAGCAUUUUACUCACCCUAAAAGAGGGGAAAGGUAGAGAAAAUGGUUCCCCAAUGAGAGGCAACCGUAUGAAGGCUGGAGGUGUAUGUUCACAAAGAAAUAACACUGAACCAUCUCCCAAGGUUCUUAAACCGAAUGGCACUGCCCCUGGUUUGAAGUUGAAUGCUGUCGUACCACCUCUUGUCCCAGCAAAGGUUGUGAGUAAUUGUGUGAAACGUAUUCAGGGCUCACACUCGUUGAAGCAUCAGUUACCGGUAGUUGACUCCACCCCGAAGACAAAACCCAGACAUGAGGGGUUUCCUCCAUCAGGUCCUGUAAAACCUCUUGAAGAUGAGCAAUCUGUAAAACCAAGGCAAAGAACACCUCCAUCCAAUUUUGCUAGAAAACCUUUUUCAGGACGAACGAGGGAAGUGGGAGUUGCCGCUCCAAAUGCUUUGAGCAAUCCCACAAAGUUAGGCUGCACUGAAAGAACCCGGGAGCCUAAACACGAUUCUUUUCAUGUGUCUGAUGGUUGUGUUGCACGUGUUUCUAAGGAGGUCACACUCGAGUCUCAGAAGAUUUCUAUUUGUUCUUCAAAAGGAAUGCAAACAGACAGCAGCAAUUCUGUCUCAUCGUCGGUCUCAAUGCAAGCAUUUGAGCAUUCUGAUGUUGCAACUCCAUUUGUUGACAUGAUGGAGCAGACACUUCCAAAACAUGAUUUUCUCACAAGCGGUGAAAGUUUCGAAUCACAGCCACCCAUUUGCUCUCCUGCUCCCUUUGCACAUUCUGGGACCACUGAACGUAUUUCUGGACAAACACGUGUAUGUGAUCCUACAUCUGUUCCUUGCUUGGUCGAGACAACUGAGGCUAUCCUAGAUCCUCAUGCUACCACUGCCGGUGAUGGGCAAGCAAGUUCAAGUGCAGCUUCAGAUCUCCCAGUAAGAAGUUCUGAGGUAAUACUUAUCUCUAGAGAUGAAAUGCCUGCAGAUAUGAAUGCUGCAAGGCCUGUUGAUGCCCCAGAAAGCAGGUCUGAUCAACUGAUUCAAUCAAAUAUUACAUCUUCAUCCAGUGGCGAUGACAAAUUCACUGUAAGAGAACUUCUCUCAUCUUUUGCAGAAGUUUCCCCUGCCAUCUUCUCACCCGUAUCAUGUGGCCAAAAGAACGUACAGCAAAAUAAAGGUACCAUUUUGCAGAAUCCUACGAUUGAAAGGCCUAAUACUGCCCAUCAUCCUCCAGUUUAUGAUGAUGUCAUACAUGUUAUACGGCAUAGUAGUUUUCGUGUUGGGAGUGAGCAGCCGGUAAUGGAGACAGUUGAGACGGGGGUUCAAAAUGUGGAUGUUGGGAAGUUAUUGAAUGUAGUGAGGGACGAACUGGAGAUGAGAAACUUGACGACUCCAGUGACUCUGAAGACUUCAAGUUGCUCUGAUGUGGAUUUAAAAUCAAGUGUGGCCGAUCAUUAUGGUGUUCCAGAAAUGGAUACGAAAGAACCAACUCCUGUAGUUUUAAAAGCUGACAACUAUGAGACAGCAAAACCUAGCCCUCCCGUGAUAGAACCAGCAAAAGAAACUUUGGAUGUGAAGUCUUUUAGGCAGAGGGCAGAGGCCCUUGAAGGGCUUCUAGAGUUGUCUGCAGAACUCCUGCAGCAGAAUAGAUUGGAAGAACUUUCAGUUGUUUUGAAGCCUUUUGGAAAAUACAAGGUCUCCCCAAGGGAGACAGCUAUCUGGUUAGCAAAGAGUCUUAAGGGAAUGAUGAUUGAAGAGGGUGGACGCAAUUCAUGACGUCUUACAUCUUUGGUAAGUUUCCGCUAGAUUUUCUUAUUGGUUCCAGUAACGGUUUAUUUUUUGUUACACUUACCAUGUAAGUAUAUCAUUUACAGUGAUGAGGAGAAUGACCAGUCCUCCUGCCUCAUUUUUGUAAUUCUUUCGACGCAUUUUGUUGCUGUACAUAUGAACAAUAUAUAUAUAGCCUUCUGUGCUACCUCAUUGAUCCCCUCUUUCAAAA